AUGGUCGAGCUCACAGUCCACACAUUCACACAUCACUGCUUAGCUGAUGGGUCAUGCCACUGCGACUGGCGUGUCACAUUACAAAAUUGCGUCGAACAAAAAGCCAUGACGGGCGUUUACUAUGGCAACAUUGCCAUCUCUGCAUUAGUGUUUAUCAUUGGUGUCGCCUUGCUUGUACAUCGUAUUGGAUUCAAAGGCCAUCGACUUUUCGACUUUUCAUCAGCCAAAGGAUGCCUUCGGCCCAAACCGAUUGAUUGUAUGCUUGCCUUGCUUAUGAUUUUCAACUUGCUCCGCCUACUGACAAGUGUUAUUCUCAUUACGGAUGUCGCCCCCGACAUGGUCUCUCGCAUGUUCCUAUUCGAAUUUCCUUGGCAAUUUGGUUAUGGUGCAUUUGCGUUGUACCUUGUGGGUAUUGCACAAACAUUAGCUGAUAGCCACAAAGCGAUUUCAAAAGGUUGGCUACCAUCGCCAAGAACAGUGGAUGUCAUUGGCAGCACAUUCUUCUUUGCUCCGUUCAUUGCCAACAACAUUGUAGCACUUGUCGGAGGUGCUAUGGCCGAAACCAAUCUCUAUGCAGCCGAGGUUUGCGUACGGAUAUUAUACGUGCUUUGGUUCAUCCAUUGUUUUUCUCUUGGGAUUGCCGUACUGCUUUCGGGUAUCAAAUUGGUCCGCAUCCUUAAUGUGCAUCUUUCAAAGAUUCAAGCAUCUGGCCCCCGAUACACAGCUGUUAGAACCGGUAUCUUUAAGAUCCGAGCAGUGAUGGGCAUCAUUGUAACCUGCUUAUUGAUGUUUGCCAUCUUUUUGUUAAUGUACGGAGCUCUUCGACCAUUGAUCAUGAUCAAUCCACCAGGAUCCAUCUUUCUUGGUGUUAUCUGGAAUUACCUUGGCCCAUUAACUACGUUGUUUUGUGAAAUUGCCGUUAUCGCAAACCCCAAGAUCGGGAAUGCGGGUAUUGGCGGUCUCAAAACAUCUAGCGGCAGUGGCGGUAAAUCUGGAUCCAACGAACAAGACACACAGCAAUCAUCUUAUGUAACCACAAAUAUGGAGAGCAGCUUUCAGACCACCACCAUGAGCCAACACGCCUUUGAAGAUCUGAAACAACAACAAAUGCAAUAUGAACAGGUCUUUCAAAAGCAUAAUCAACGUUCCCAAUACAUGGGGAACAACACAACUCUCACCACCAACAAUACCAUCACCGGAUACUCUUCAUAUGAUAAUGACACGAUCUCGGGUAUUGGUAAUAUCGGCACUGAAAAGAUUGCUCUCGAUGAUUUGUACCCUUCAACAACGCACCAUGAUGACCCGGGGCAUCAUCAUCCUCAUUGGCCACCACCAACAGAGCGCCUUCCAGAAGAUCCUCAAGAUGAUCUUUCAUCCCAAGUACAAUUGAUGCGUGCAGAACGAUAG